ACGGAAGCCCGUUAAGUGAACGUUUCUUCUAUUCUUUCAAGAAUCACUUGAACCACUUGUAUCAAUGUUUCGACGCGGUAAAUUAAAUGAUCCUGGAGAAACUGGCACUUGCAACGAUUCUGCUUUCUCACAACGAAAGGAAAGAGUUAGUAAAUAUGAACUCUAGAAUUUUUUACCUCACCUACUGAUUUCUGUCUGGUGAUAAGGCCUUUUGAAGUACAAAGCCGAUUUAUCUAAACUACCUCAUAAGAGGUCAUGCGUGGUCGAACUCAAGCAGUUAUAUCUUAGGUUACUAAGAUCACUACUAAUCUGGUCUAUCAUUCACAUCCUUCAUAAAGCGUUUUCCUACAGCUUGUGCAACUGGAGAGUGACAAUUAUCCUCAUGCUUCUAACAGGACACAACACCAUCUUUUUAGUGGUCGAUUCUCCCCAAAGGAAAGUUGGCGGAAAAGAUAGCCGCGUUAACUUGAUUGGAAUUUUUGACCUUUUCGAGAAGUACGCUUGAAGGAUUGAUUUACUAAAGAUGGAAACCUAUGAUGUAAAACCAAACCAUUGUCAUGUUGGGAUUUUGUUCUGCAGUGAAUGCAACAAUAUGUUGUAUCCUAAAGAGGAUAAACGCACAAAAACAUUAUACUACGCUUGUCGUAACUGUGAUUAUUCUCAAGAAGCAGACAAUCCCUGUGUUUAUAUCAAUAAACUGGAACAAGAAGUUGAUGAAUUAGCUUUAAUUGUACCGGAUGUUGUUCAUGAUCCAACAUUGCCUCGAACAGAAGAUCAUAUAUGUCGUCGAUGCGGUAAACAAGAAGCUGUAUUUUUUCAAUCACAAACAUUGAAAGCUGAAGAAAAUAUGCGUUUAUAUUAUGUUUGUACCAAUGUUGAAUGUUUGCAUAAAUGGACUGAAUAGAUAAUGUACAUACAUAUAUAUGUUAAAAAAGUUCUGAAUAAGAACUAAACUUGUAAAAAAUAUUGAGAAAUUUUUUUCAAAUUUAGACUAUUUACAGAAAA